AUGGGUAUCUCUGGGCUGUUGCCUUUGUUGAAGGAGGUUCAGGUGAAGAAGCAUGUCUCGGAUUUCAAGGGCAAGAGUCUGGCGAUCGAUGGGUACGUCUGGCUACACCGGGGAGCUUUCGGAUGCGCAGAAGAUUUGGUGACCGGGUCCAAGACCACCAAGUUCGUUGACUAUGCCAUGCACAGAGUCAGGAUGUUGAGGCAUCACGGCGUAACUCCACUGAUGGUCUUCGACGGAGGACCGUUACCUGCCAAACGAGGGACCGAGGUGGAUCGAGCGUCGAGACGGGCGGAACAUCUAGCUCGGGCGAGGUCGUUGACCGUCCAAGGGAGGCAUAAGGAGGCUAGGGAUCAUUAUACGAAAUGCGUGGAUAUCACCCCUGAGAUGGCUCUCCAGCUUAUCAAGGCCCUAAAGGCGGAACAAGUCCCUUACAUCGUCGCGCCUUACGAAGCGGACGCUCAACUGGCUUACCUCGAAAAGGAAGGGAUUGUCGAUGGGAUCAUUACGGAGGACUCUGAUCUGCUCGUCUUUGGCUGUCGGAACGUUGUCUACAAGCUGGACGGGGAUGGAGAGUGUAUACAUAUCGUCAGGGACGAUUUCCGAACUUGUCGCGAGUUUAGCUUUGUCGGAUGGGGAGAGACCGAGUUUAGGAGGAUGGCUAUCUUGGCAGGGUGUGAUUACCUCGACUCGAUCCCGGGGAUCGGGAUCAAGACCGCUCACAAGCUCCUGCGGAAACACAAGACGAUCGAAAAGGUCGUCCAGAACGUCAGGCUGGACGGUAAUCUGACCGUGCCCUCGGACUAUAUCCCUCAGUUCAGGUUGGCCGAGUUGGUCUUUCUGCAUCAAAGGGUGUAUGAUCCGAGAACCGGAAGGUUGGAUACGUUGUUACCGGUCGUCAGGGAAGGGGGUCUGGAAGCGGUCGAGGAAGGAUAUAUCGGACCGGAUAUGGAGCCAGAGACGGCGAAAGGAAUAGCUGAGGGGAGGGUACAUCCGGAAACGAAGGAGGAGUUGGAGGAUCUGUGGCCGGAUUACCAUCCGGGUACGGCUCGUGCGAAUCAGACGCAGUCCGCUACUUCCAUGGGCAAGUCAGGAAAGGUAAGGACAUAUGUAGAAUCAUUCAAGGUAUUCAUCCAGCUGAUUUGA